AGUAAGAGCUGCAUCACAAAAACACCCAAAUUGCACUCUUCUCCAAAAUUAAAAAAAUAAUUCUUUAAUCAAGAAUCUCAUUUUCUUUUAUCCAAACAAUGACCAAGAUCGACGCCCUCCGUCGAUUCUUCCUCCCCUGUAUCACCUCGCCGACCACCACCUCCACCAACACAACCACCACCAACACAACCACCACCCACCACCACCACCACCACCACACCAAGAAACGCAUCAGCACCUCUCUCCGCGAAGAUAUGCUAAACCCAACGGCAACAACAAAUCAAGAAACACCCACCAAAAACCAAGAUUCCGCCUCCUCUUCUUCCACCGAGUCAAGACUCACAAUCCCCACCACCGCCAAUCUUGCACCGCCACGCCCAUCAAAAACAAUGGUGGUCGGCACCAUCUUCGGCCACCGUCGCGGCAGCAAAGUGUGGUUCUGUAUCCAAUUCGACCGCUUCUCAACUAAAUCGCUUCUCCUACUUGAAUUCUCCAUCCCCACCACUCAACUCGUUAGAGAAAUGCAAUCCGGACUCCUCCGUCUAGCUCUCGAAUGUGACCGACCCGAAUUCAAAUCUUACCCGCUCCGCUCUGUUCCGGUUUGGACUCUAUACUGUAACGGGAGACGAAUUGGGUUUGCUUCGAAAAGAAAACCGACUGACCAGAACCGUUUGAUGUUAAAGUCUAUGCAAUCAACGACGGUCGGUGCGGGUGUGAUUCCAGCCGGGUUCGGAUCUUUGGGUAAUAGUGAAGAGAUUAUGUAUAUGAGGGCUAAUUACGAGCAUGCCAUUGGUAGUGCUAAUACGGAGUCGUUUCAUUUGAUUAAUCUUGAUGAGGGCGUUGGUCAAGAGUUCAGUGUUUUUUUAAUGAGAACUGGUUGAAAAGUUUGGACUUUUUAAGUUAAUCUUUUUUUAGUGAUGUAAGGAAAUUAGGGUUUUGGAAAACUUAAUUGUUUUCAAUUUUGGGGAUUUGAUUCUCGAUCAAGAAUAUUUGUUGAUUUUUGGGAUGGUGAUACUUACAUUUAGUUUUAAUUUGUUGUUUAGAGAGUUUUUGUUGUGUAAAUUUGUUUAGGUUAUAGAAUGUGAGAAAUUAGUGAUCAAGUCAUAGAAAUUAUUCACUGCAGGAAUUGUAAUUUCAGUAAUGUUUUCUGUAUCUACAAAAUCUUAUGAAUUGUA